CACUUAAAGGGAGCAGACAAGCCAUCCAGCAGAGCACUUUCACUUUGAGCGGAGCCUGUGUCUGAGUGAGGAUACAGAGUGUGGCCAGAGGGAGAGGCAGACAAGAGGAGGCCAGUGUCUCUGCUGCUUUAUCCAUUAACCGGGGACAGGGCGGUGAUUCAAAUUAGCCCGUUUAGGCAGAUUCUAGGUCAGUGGUGAAAGGGAGAAAGUAAAAAGGAGAAAACAAGCAGCAAAAGCUGCAGCCACUCAGGCUUAAGUGGGAAAAUCCAAAGUGAGAGACCGUGAUGGCGUGAGAGGAUAAAUCUGGCGUUUUUUGGAAAGUACCAGAGGAACUCAAAGGGAAGGAAUCCACCAGAGAUGUCAACAGGACGACUGACUGUGGAGCCGUGAGGGAGCAGACGCGGCGACGAACCCCGGGUCUAAGGACCUUAAGAACCACAGAGGAGGAAAGUUUGCUUUUCACGGGCUGAACAGAAGACGCGUCUGCUGAGUGAUUGCCGUCAAGAAGAGAAAUGGAGAAGUGUCCACUCUUAGAAAGAUAAAAGGAUGUCACUGCGAGUUUUGCUGUUGCUAUCAUUCUUCACUGGCCCGUGUGGUGGAUGUGACUUUGACUGGGAAGGUGUGAGAAACAUUAAGAUGACCAUCGACUCUAAUCCGACUGGAUUUCGGACAGUGUUUCCUAAGAACUACAUCGUGGAGCACCACUAUGCCAAGAACAUGCUCUGCGACACUGAUCCGUGCUGUGUGUUCCCUGCUGCCGUGGUUCUGCUGGACUCCUGGGAUGUGCUCCUUGGGAACCUCUGGAAUGAGCACUUGAAUCAUUCCCUAAUCAGCGAACUGACGCAGACACUGGAUAAAAUUAUUAGUAAGAACAUAAACACAGAGAGGUUCCGGGAGGAAACAGAUUUGGCCCAAUUCCCCACAUUGUCUUCCACUCCAGAGGAGCUCCUCAGGCUAACGUCGGACCUUUUGGCCCGCUGGCUGGCUCUUGACUGUCAGCAGUGGAGUGAAACUUGCCCGCUGCCCACGCUGGCUCCCACUGCUCAGAGGAAGGACUACGGUCCGGUCCGGGCCAGACUCUUGACCACCCGGGCCAUCAGCGGCGUGGAGGACGGCGAGGCCGAGGAGCAGAGGGACAGUUCGCCGCCGCCGUCGUCCAGCGGCGUCCCGCCGUCACACUCUGCCUUCGUCUGGAGCCCCCUGAUUUUCAGACUCUACAGGUGGAUCCUGCCAUAGUCACUGAGGAAGGCCUCGAUUUAAUGAUGAUGCACAACGAAUGCAGGACAUUUCUUGGCACUGAAUGAUUGUUUCUAGUAUUUGUGUGUUCGUGCGGUGAGCUUUGUUCGAGUGAAGUGACAUACACGGGUGGCGUUAAGUGUCCAAACAGUUAGGUUCACUGUCCAACAGAGCUGCGUAACAGUGUAUAUUACAGCCAUGUAAGUGUAGCCUCUUUAGAACAAAACCACAAACUGCAGCUAGCUUCAUGCUAACAAGAUAAAGCUCAACAAGCCAAUGCGCAUACGCCUCUCUAUCAGUGUGGAACUCACUGUUUACAACGAAUGUUAUGUUAUAUUCAUGUCUGUGGAACAGUUUUGUAAGUAAAUAUAAAUUAAAACCAUAAGGCAUAUGCUAUUCUUAGCUUUUAUUCUACCAAGAUAAACGGUAUUUAUUAUAGUUGUGUUUCGUGUUUAUGAGUAGGGAUGAAAAUGAAAGGUACAUUUUGCUCAAGCUCUGUUUUCAUGCGAUGUACAUGUACUUCGGCCUUUAUGUAUUAUGACUCUGCUCUGUUUCUACAUGACUCAUCAAAGGGAAAUAUACUUCUCACCACAUUGUAACGUUU